AUGACCCUGUUUACUUCCAAGAUUCCUCUCCCCGACGAGCCCCAAGCUGCUGCUGCUGCUGCUGCUGCUGCUGCUGCUGGCAGCCGGGACUAUGUGCCGCUGCAGCGCCGGCGAAGGGCCCCGGGGGCCCUCCCCAGGGGGGCCCUGCUGCUGCUGCUGCCCCCCCUUGCUGCAGCAGUGGCCUUCCUGCUGCUGUCUUGCUUCAGACAAGCAGCAGCAGCGCAGCGCUUCCAGGGCCGGGCCCGCAGCCUCGCGGACAGGGAGCAGCAGCAGCAGCAGCAGCAGCAGCAGCAGCAGCAGGGCAGGGAGUCCGACGCGCUGCUGCACUGCAGCAGCAGCAGCGGCAGCUCCGACUGGUCCGACGAGGACUUCAUGAGUUUCUCCAGCGACUCCGAUGAGGACUUCUUCAGCGGGACUGAAGGGUCUCCGGAUGCUGCUGCUGCUGCUGCUGCUGCUGCUGCUGCGCCUGCUGCUGCUGCUGCUGCUGCGCAGCACCCAGCAGCAGGCGCAGCGCAAGGCCCCGCAGUCCCCCUCUUCCCUUUGCUGCAGCCUCAGUACCAACUCAACUUCUUGAAGAGCAGUGGACCACUGGUCACGCUGCCUCUAGCAGCAGCAAAUGGGGCGGCUGCAGCAGACGCAGCAGCAGCAGCAGCGCCUGCUGCUGCUGCAGCAGCAGACAUCCGCAGCAACAGCAGCAGCCCGGCGGAAGACAGAGUGCUGCUGACGAUUGACCCGUACACAGGCGGUGCGAUGGGGGAGGGAGAGCCUUCGUCAGCAGCAGCAGCAGCAGGCCCGCCUCCUGCUGCUGCUGCUGCUGCUGCUGCUGCUGUCGCUGCUGCUGCUGCUACUGCUGCUGCAGCGCCCUCCUUUUCCGUCCAGUCACUGACUUACGGCCGCAGCAACGGGAACCAAGAGCGCCCUUGCUGGAAGAGUGAGUUGAAACUGCUGCCUGUUUUCGCGGGGUCUCCAUUUGCUGCUGCAGCUCCUGCUGCUGCUGCUGCUGCUGCUGCUCCAGCAGCAGCAGCAGCAGCAGCAGGAGCAGCGCCUGCUGCUGCAGCUCCGGCUGCUGCUGCAGCGCCUGCUGCUGCCGCAGCGCCUGCUGCUGCCGCAGCGCCUGCUGCUGCCGGAGGGCCCCCUCCCCCUGCUGCUGCUGCUGCUGCUGCUGCUGCUGCUGCUCCUGCUGCUCGCAGCUCUCUUCGUUUCUUUCCAACUGCUUUUUCUGCUGCUGGGCCUCCUGUGCGUUCCGCCCUUUACGUUACCCCAUUUCCCGGUGCUGCUUCGAGUGCCCCUCGCAGCUUUUUCUACUUUCCUGCUGCUGCUGCUGCUGCACCUGCUGCUGCACCUGCUGCUGCACCUGCUGCUGCUGCUGCAGCUGCGGCCCCGGGCCCCGCAGCACUUGCUGCUCCGGGAGUCACUUUGCCUUUAGCUCUCGGCAGUGUUGCUGCUGCUGCUUUCACGGACCCUGUGUGGAGGUCUCCUCCGAACGUGACAAUCGGGCCUCCUCGUGCUGCUGCUGCUGCUGCUGCAGCUCCUGCUGCUGCUGCUGCAGCUCCUGCUGCUGCUGCUGCUACGGGCCCUGCAGCGCGAACGGGCGCGGGGCAGAGGAAGCGGCGGAGGGCCCACUCGAGCACUUCGCUGCCGCCGCCGCAGACGCCUGCUGCAGCACCUGCUGCUGCUGCAGCGCCUGCUGCUGCUGCUGCUGCUGCUCCUGCUGCUGCUGCUGGCAGCAGCGCGUCCGGGGGAGCAGCAGGCCAGGCUUUCUCUUUUUUCUGGGGCAGCUUGACUUCAAUGCUGCCUUCGACGGGGAGUCCGUUUGCGGCGAAGGCGGAGACCCCCGGCGCUGCUGCUGCUGCUGCUGCUGCUGCUGCUGCUGCUGCUGCUGCUGCUGCUGGGCCGCGGCAGCCGACGCCAGUGACGGAAGAGUCCUCGGACGCGCUGUCCUCGAGCAGCAGCGGGGAGCUGGAGGAGGAAGCAGCAAGCAGCAGCAGCAGCAGCAGCAACUUGGUGUCUUUUAAUGAUCCUAUUUCCAAAUGGAUAGCAGCAGGAGUUCCAAAAGAUGUUAUUAAUCAUGAAAAAAUAAGAAGACAAUUUGCUGUGCAGCAGCAGCAGCAGCAGCUCUGGAAGAACACCAAAAAGGACUACAGCAGCUUCACUCUUGCUGCUGACAGCAGCUCUUUGAACUGGAGCGAGGACGAGGUCUUCUAUACUCAGGAGGAGCUGCUGCUGCAGCAGCAGCAGCAGCAGCAGCGGCGGCAGCAGCAGCAGCAGCGGCGGCAGCAGCGCCGCCAGCAGCAGCAGCAGCUGCCACUCCAGCAGCAGCAGCAGCUGCAACUCCAGCAGCAGCAGCUCCACCAACAGAUUCAGCAGCAGCCGGUCAUCCUGCUGCAGCAGCCGCAGCAAACCCCGCAGCAGCAACAGCCGCAGCAGCAACUGCAGCCGCAGCAACAGGAGCACUUUGAAUUCAAGCAGCCACAACAGCCAUUGCAGCAGCAACUGCAGCAGCAGCUGCUGCAGCCGCAAUUGCAGCAGCAGCAAUUGCACCAGCAACAGCAGCAAGUGCAGCAGCAGCAACAGCAGCAACUGCAGCAAUUGCAGCAGCAGCAGCAAUUGCAGCAGCAACAAUUGCAGCAUCAGCAAUGGCAGCAGCAGCAAUUGCACCAGCAGCAAUUGCACCAGCAGCAACAGCAGUACCAGCAGCUUCAGCAGCAGCAGUUGCAGCAGCAGCAAUUGCAGCGGCUGCAGCAGCUGCAGCAGCAGCAGCAGCAGCAGUCGGAGCAGCAGCUGCUGCGACAGCAGCAGCAGCAACAGCAACAGCUGCGGCAGCUGCAGCUGCAGCAGCAGCAGCUGCAGGAACUGGAGCAGCAGCGGGCGCAGCAGCUGUCGCAAGAACAGAAGCUUUUAGAAGACCUGCAGCGCAUGCAGGAGCAGCUGCAGCGGGACCAGCUGCUGCUGCAGGAGUUGAAGCAGCAGCAGCAGCUGCUGCAGGAGAUGCAGCAGCAGCAGAUGCAGCAGGAGAUGCAGGACAGGCUGCUGCUGCAGGAGCUGCAGCAGAUGCAGGAGUUGCAGGAGCAGCAGCAGUCGGAGCAGCAGCAGCAGCUUCUGCAGCAGCAGCAGCAGCAACAGCAGCAGGUGCAGCAGCAGCAACAGCAGCAGAGCGAUUCCCCCCGCGGCAGCUGA